GGCGGGCUCGGUAUGGACUCUUCGUCCGCCGCGGGGGACUUGGGAGCGGCCGUCAGUGACCCGCAGCUGCAGCACUUCAUCGAGGUGGAGACGCAGAAGCAGCGCUUCCAGCAGCUCGUGCACCAGAUGACAGAGCUCUGCUGGGAGAAAUGCAUGGACAAACCUGGGCCCAAGCUGGACAGCCGAGCAGAGACCUGCUUUGUGAACUGUGUGGAACGCUUCAUAGAUACCAGCCAGUUUAUCCUCAACCGGUUGGAGCAGACACAGAAAUCAAAGUCGGCCUUCUCAGAGAACCUAUCUGACUGAGCCAAGGGCAUUUGCAUCUCUGUUUCCUUAACUAAAGGAGAACAACCAACCACGUUGGGAGAAGAGGAAAGAGAAGGGAGAGCAGAGGAAAAGGACCGAUAGCAAAAAGAGGCUGGGUGGGAG